UGAUAAGAUAAGGCUGGUGCGGGAUGAUCAAUAAUAAUAUUUCCGCCCCUUCUCUAACAACAACUGUCACCCUCAAAUUUUACCCGCCACGUCGACCUGCUGCGAAAGGCAUCUAUACCUUCCUUCUAUAUCUACCUUCACUCUUUCCUGCUCCUGUUUUUUUUGGUGAUUUGUGAUUAUAAGAACAAAAGAAAAGAGAAUUGGACUUUAAAGAUCCAAGCUCUAUCUAUCCUUGCGCGCCAGCAUAUCCUGAAACCGGCAUAUGGGCUAGUCCAGCUCCAUCUACUCAUACUAUCAAUUGGAAAUCAUCUUUACGGCAGACAUCGAAGCCCUAAUCCGAUUCCUAGCUGCUGAACAUACAAUUGCAUUUCAAUAUUACCUUUGCCAAUAUGUCUUCUCCCACUGCGGAGGACCAAACAAGUCAGCAGUGCGCCGCUACUUCAAACCCAACAGAGACAGUUAGUCGCGACAGUACGGGAAGUAAUCAGAGUGGUGGCAGUAUAUCUAACAGCGGCGAGAGCUCUACGAAGGCAACAAUAGCUACCGCACCCGGAGCUCCGUCUAUCCACACUGCUUCUUCCUCUAAGCAUCUAGAUCCCAGUCCAGCUUUGCCCCUCGUCAAUCCCCGCAAACAGAAAUCCACAGGCAUACUCAAUCUCCGCCGCUCGCCCAGUGCCACCCGACAACGUUCUGGAUCCUUCUCAGGCAACAUCCCAAAACCGGAUUCAAUACCACCUCUUCCACUGAAGAAGGAACCUGAACAACCUCCGAAAUCUAUUCUUACCCCAUCUUCAUCCUCUUCCUCAUUAUCUCAUUCAACUUCAACUUCACUAUCUUCUGCACUUUCGCGCUCUCCCUCCAUCCAGUUCGCUCCUUUACCCCAGCUUGCGCCCAGAAAGCGCAAAUCUUCAGUUCCUCUAGGGAUUGCUGCAAGGAGCGCAAUGAUGCAGCGUCGGAGGCAAGUCAUGUAUGGCACUUCGGCUGCCGCUACCUUUGAAACCCCCCAAGACGCUGCCGAUAGCAAGCCUGCUGUAGAGGGAGGUGGGAUGUGGACGCCUUCAGAGGCGGAAGCGCAUCUGGCGCGUCAAAUGCGCGCGAAGGAGAAGGAGAGGGAAAGGCUACUGAAAAAGCAGGAUAAGGAGAUGGCGAAAGAAGCUGCUAAAUCAGCACUCAAGGAUAGGCACGGGCACGAUGACGAGGUGGAGAAUGACGACCCGUUAGUGGCGUUUGGAAGAUUGGUGAAAGGUGCAUGGAGGAAGGUUGGGAAGAAGGAUUCGAAAAGCAGGGGGAACAGGAAGGCGGAUUUGCAGACAAGAACUCAAUCUGAUUUUGAAGUAAAUUCGACCGCUACCACGAAGAAUCCGCAGGAACCUCUUCCACCCGCUGAUCCAAUAGAAUUGUCGGACCACAUUGAAGUGAACAAAGCUGAUAUGGUGAAUAAUGGCGGUUUGGUCGAGUACGACUCCGACACACCUACGGAAGAAGAUGAUCACAACAACGACGACGAUGUAGAUGAUUUCGAUGCCAAUAUUGACUCGAACGAAGUAGACGUCUCAAUGAUUGUUCCACUUAGAACAGGUUCCCCUCCGCCUUUACAUGUUCCGUCGACAUCACAUUCUCAUUCUGAGACAUCUUCCAUCGCCGAAUCCAAUGAUUCUGCCGGUUCGGACUCGACUAUGACUUCUCCGCCAGCCACAAAUCCGCCUUCGCCAAACACUCUUAUAGCGAAUACACAUACGAGAACAUCUUCUGAUCCUUCGACAUUGGAACGAACGCCAUCCAAGAAUCCAGAAGAUCUUGUCGCUACUAGUACGGUGAAGCGCUCGGAACGAUCUGCGCAUAGAUUGCCCUCGUUGGAGUUGACGCCUCUUUCUCCAUUUCUUGUUACUUGAGAACGAAACUGAUCCUUAUUCUUCACGUUUCAAUGAACUCGUUGCUGAAAUUUUAUCCAGGGUAUUUCUUUUCUUUGUUUGUUGGGAUUUACAUAGGCAGGGAAUCUACACAUGUUACAUCGCACCAUCAUACUACCCUACCACUCACCAUACUACACAAGUCUAGAUCACUAUGUUGCUUUUCUAUCAUCU